AUGGUGUUACUUCCGCCUUCACAGUAUCAUCAAGCUAAAGGAUAUAGUCAGUCUCCGGCGCUUCAACGCGCAAGAAGACCAUUUUUUGUUCGUAAUGUUAUAACUGGGUUACUCCUGUUAGGAUUUACUGGGGCCGUGUUUAAGCAAGAUGAUUUAGGCGACGUUCCCAUGCCUCAAUUUCCAGCAGAUAAUGAAGAAUCAACAAAAUAA